AUGGGUGCUAAGCAGAGCAAGCGCUCGGUGGACAUCAGCGGCAAGGAGGCGGAGGGCGCGGGCGAAGUCGCCGCCGCAGGCGCCGGGGGCGAAGGCCGAGUGGAGCAACUCGCCGACGCAGACUCCCUGAAGCCGCAGCUGAAUGGAGACGCGCAUAUACACGAAGCAUCGGACAAAGAGAAACAGCUAGACAGCGGCACUCCUGAAAACGAAAAGGACGCCACGACAGAGAAGGAAGGCAAAGAAGGUGACGAGGGAAAGGAGAAGGAGACACCGGCAAUAACAAACGGGGAGAGCGAGCAAAAGGAAGAAAACGGAGAGGCAGUCGCCACCUCCGAGGACGCGAAGAAACCGAAGAAAGAGAAGGUCAAGAAGAAAUGGUCGCUCAGGUCGAUCAGUUUCAGCCGGAAGGAGAAGCCGAAGCAGGAGAAGAAGGCGAAGGAGGACGACGCCAAGACACCGAACGGGGACCAGGAGAAAUUGGCCGAGGAGGUAGCCGAAUCAACCCCCGAGAAUGCAAUAAACGAAGUGGCAGAAGAAGCGAAAUCUGACACAGAAACUAAGGAUGAUAAAACUCCAGAAACCCCGGUCACUGAACCGAUUACCAACGGAAGCAACACACCCGAAUCCCCAAAAACAGAACCCUCCCCCACCACUGAUGAACCUCUCCCAGAAUCUCCAAAGGAACAUAACAGGCCUGAACCAAAGGCCGCGUUGCCUGAACCUGAGCAGUUGCCUGUCAAUGGACUCUCCCUAGAGGAACCCAAAGUUGAGGCUCCUGAAGUAGUAAAAUGCGAGGAAAGUACCAUUGAAAAGACUUCUACAGAAACAUCGGUAUCGGUUCCGGCCCCAGAAAUUCCUGUUACAAAAGAGGUUUGUGUUGAACAAAUGCCUAUGAUAGAGCCCUCGCCUCCUCCACUCCCUGCUAAUCCUCCUCCUUCGUCUGUGGUAUCUUUUGCCGCUACCACAAUGGCACCUGAAUUGACAGACGCUUCACUCGCUACUACUGCAGAUAUUACCUCCACCGCAGCACCAAUUGCUACCAUAGACACUAAUACAGAUAUAGUUGACAAAGAUCCCACUGAAACGAAUCACAUUGAAAAUGACACUGUUAAUGCCAUUACUGACAUACCUUCUAAAAUUAAGGAAACUGUCGAGGAAAUCACCGCUCCAGCUUUACCCACCGACCCAAUACAAGAACCCGUAGACAUUCCUACUAGCGCUACAGAUAAAGAAGUAAACGGAAGUGUUGACGAGGCUGAUGUUGUUUCCAAUACAAAUAAAGAGGAAACUACCGCACCUGAACCACCGCUGGUUGUAACUGCUGCCGAUAACUUAGGAAUUCCUGAAAUAGUGAUUAACGAAUCCCAACCGACACCGGAAUUACCAUCGCCAAAAGUUAUCGAUGCCGAGCCGAAGAAAUACGAUGACGAUACCUUCGCAGCCGGUGACAAAGAAACGACAACAACCGACAAGAAGGAACCGGCAACCGGCGACAUAACCAUCAACGGCGAACUGAACGAAAUCGAGGAAUCGAUGAAACACGCCAAAAUAUCGGACGAACACGAAGCACAGAACGAGUGCAACGGUAAAAUGGAAGAGGAAGCGAGUGGAACCGAAGAGGUGCCGCUACCGGUGGAUAUCGUCGGAGACGCCAUUGCGGUGGAGGCGACGACCCCCGACGACUCUACGCCCCCAUCGCUCUCCGAGGCGAUGGGGUCGCAAGGCGACCAAGUGAGCAAUGACGCGUCGGAAUCAUUCCCGUUGCCCCCCAGCGAGCUGUGCCGCUCCGUGGGGGGUUCGCGCCCCGAAACGCCCCCGCUGGCCGUCGCCCCACAGGACGUAUUGCCCGUAGCCGAUAAAAUUGCUGAUUUGAUUCCCGAGGUUCCAGUUGUGCCAGAAUUGAAAACUGAUAUGGAGACAGCAAAUGACGUUGCAGUGGCCAAC